AUGUCCUUAUGCAUGUUCUUUGUGUUCUUCGUGUUCUUCAUGUUCUUCGUGCUAGGUGAUCAGCUCAUUAUGUCUACAAGUAGGUGUGAUAGUCACGCUGAUUCAGUCUGUCGACUGUCUUGUUCGUUUAGUGAAGAAGAUUUUAGUUCUCUCUUUCAAAGUUCUGCUGAGAUGGUUGAUUGCAACCGAAUUACAGUAGUAGAAUUGGGGGGUCGUCCUUUAGGUGAUGUUACUGGAAGGGGAAUAGAUUCUAACGAACCUAUUGAUGGUGGUAUGCCGGGUUCUGGUAGUAUGCUUAGUUCUAAUCCUAGGUCUUCCAUAAGUUUAGGUGAGUUGACCUAUCUUCGUCGUCAUUAUGAGAUCCCUGAUACCAUCAGUCUGCAUGCUCCUGCUAAGGCGGAGCGGCCUGACUGGCACUUACCUGGUUGGGUGUGUCUGUAUGAACUUCCCUUCAAAGAAGGGCUUCGGUUUCCCAUCCCCCGAUUAGUCGUUGAGUUGUGUGAGUACCACGAGAUUUCGCCCGGACAACUAAUGCCAAAUUCAUGGCGGAUUUUGAUGUCUCUCGAAGUCCUUUGUGAAAGGCACAAGAUAACACUUGGGGUGGCUGACCUGUUGAGAGCUUACUACUUGAAGGCACACCUUAAUGACAAAGGUAGGUACCAGUUAACAACUAGGGGGAAGGACCCUCCUUUAAUUAUUAGUUUGAAGAGUGGAGAUAAGAGGUGGAAGGACCGUUACUUCUUCGUCCCUUUCGUCUCGUUGGGGUUACCUGCUGAUAGUAGGAUACCUUGUUCAUGGUCUCCUGCAUGUAGGCUUCGAGUUGAGUACCUUUGGGAUUCGAGGGAGUCUUCUGGUCGACUUAAGAGUAUUCUUGCUAUUCCUGAGGCGGAGCGUGAGUGGAGUGAUUUGCUGUCUGAAUCGAGUCUUCGUCAGAGUUCUUUGUGGCGCUCUGUUGAAAAACUCCCUGAAGGUAUUCCUCUUCUACAGAGUCCUGAUAAUCCUCGUGUUGUGUUUAUCAAGAGAAGUUUAGAAGUCUUGGGAUAUACUCCCAAUUUUUUGACUGAAUUGACGACAAGUGAGCGGUUGUUUGCAGACGUAGCUAUGUCCCGACCCUUUACACUUCCUCUAACCGGUUCCAAUGCCUUGGAACGUUUGCGUCAAGCAAAGAAAUCGUCCGUUGGGAGCUCAGAAGCUGAUAGAGAGGUUGUUGUGCCUCCGGCUGAUCCCCCUGUUUUGACGCGGAGUCAGACGAAAAAAAAGAAGAAGGCUGUGCGGGAUGAUUCUUCCGACCCAUUUAGCGACACCGUUGCCCUUUCGUUCCCUUCCAAUGCUGCGGCCUAUAGUGAGAUUGGGCCUCACUUAGGAGAGAUUGAUAAGUUGUUGUGGCCCGAAGAUGAUCACAGAAUGGAGCAGGUUGGUACGGAUGGGUCAAUUGAUACCACUGUUUCUCAUUUGUUCCAGGGUUUGCAAGGGGUCAUUUGGCUGAAGAAGAAAAUCAAGUCCUUAAUGGCAACUCUAAAGGAAGUAAGGAGUCAGAGAAAUGAUCUUCGGGGUGAAGUUAGUCGGCUGAAAGAUUCCAAGAAGGAGUCUGAUCAACUCAUAGCUGAUUUGAAGGCUCAACUAGAAUCCAAGGAAGCUGAUGUCGAGAAGCUGAGAGUGACUCUUGGUCAAGUUGAUGAUUUGAAAGCCGAGGUUGCUUCGUUGGAGAAUCGGAUGUUGGUCAUUGGGCUGGAGGCUGAGAUCCAAUGCCGUGGCGUAAUGGCUAGUGAGCUUCGGGAUGGUAAGGCUGAUAGCUGGGAUGUUCCCAAAUACAUUGCUGAUCUUGAGGAAUUGGAGAAGAUGAGGGCUGAAGAGAUAACCCGGGCCGAAGAGUUAGCCACUUCUUUUGGCAUCAUGACUACUAAUGAUCUGGUUGUGGAUGACUGAUUCCUCUUCUACUCGUGUUCAUUGUCGUGGGAUAACAGAGUUUGUCGGGCCUUUUCUAGUUGUAGUAUGAACUUUUUCUUAUGUAGUAUUGUAUCCUGAUCUAACUGACCUAGUUUUGUUGUAUUAUGGCUUGUUGUAGCUUUUGUUAGUGUUGUUUAAGUUAUUGUUCUGGUAGCUUUUGUAGUCCUUGUAUCGGAUGCUG